AUGGCACCAAGAAAAGUGUUAAAGAUUGUGAUCAUUGGAGAGAAGAGUGUUGGAAAGACAAGUGUAUUGAAGAGAUAUGUUGAUCAGAGAUUUGUACCACUGAAACCAACGAUUGGUGUAGACUUUGUUAAUAAGGAUGUUAUGGUCAAUGAUAAGAUGGUGACGUUGCAGUUGUGGGAUACAUCGGGACAGGAGAGAUUCCGCAGUCUGGAGAUAUCAUAUUAUAGAGGCUCGGAUUGUUGCAUCCUGGUGUUUGACGUCACCAACAAGAAGUCGAUGGAAGAGUUGAAGAUGUGGCGCGAGGAUUUCAUCGACAAGACCGGCGUGCAGAAUCCCGAUCAGUUCCCAUUCAUCGUCUUUGGCAACAAGGUCGAUGACGCUGAGAAGCGUGUCGUCUUUGAGAAGGACGCCCAAGCAUUCAUCAGAAGCAUUGGUGGCAACAUCUUCUACUUUGACACCUCAGCCAAGGAUGCCACCAACAUCGAUGAAGCAUUCGCUACUGUCUCAAGAGUGUCACUUCAAAGUCAAGUUCCAAAUGAGCCACCUGAGGAUCUGAUUGUUAUUGAUAGUGCAGCACAUAGGAAGCAAUCAACAUGUUGCCCCAUGUAG